CAGAAAUCGUGGCCAGGGCCUCUUCCGCCUGCGGGGCGCUGCUUCCUGCAUCAGUCACUCCCGCUGGGGGCGGGGCGGAGGAAGGGGUUGGAUGUGGCUGAUCCGGGCCCCAGCCGGUGCCGCUCAGGCUCCUCUGCUAUAUAGCCUUGGCUCCAGCCAUGGCAUCCUAUCCAUCUGGCCCCAGCAAGCCCAAAGCCAAAUAUCCCUUUAAGAAGCGGGCCAGCCUGCAGGCCUCCACUGCCUUUCCAGAGGCUCGGGGUGGUCUGGGGGCCCCUCCGCUGCAGUCUGCCCGAUCUCUGCCGGGCCCCGCCCCCUGCCUCAAGCACUUCCCGCUCGACCUGCGCACGUCUAUGGAUGGCAAAUGCAAGGAGAUCGCUGAGGAGCUGUUUAGCCGCUCACUGGCUGAGAGUGAGCUCCGCAGCGCCCCAUAUGAAUUCCCCGAGGAGAGCCCCAUUGAGCAGCUGGAGGAGCGGAGGCAGCGGCUGGAGCGGCAGAUCAGCCAGGAUGUCAAGCUGGAGCCAGACAUCCUUCUUCGGGCCAAGCAAGAUUUCCUGAAGACAGACAGUGAAUCAGACCUCCAGCUCUACAAGGAGCAGAGUGAGGGGCAGGGUGACUGGGGCCUGCGGGAGCGGGAUGUGGCACUGGAGCGGGAAUUUCAGCGGGUCACCAUCUCUGGGGAGGAGAAGUGUGGGGUGCCAUUCACAGACCUGCUGGACGCAGCCAAGAGCGUCGUGCGGGCGCUCUUCAUCCGGGAGAAGUACACAGCUCUGUCUCUACAGAGCUUCUGUCCUACCACGCGCCGCUAUCUGCAGCAGCUGGCAGAGAAGCCCCUGGAGACACGGACCUAUGAGCAGGGCCCUGACACCCCUGUGUCUGCUGAUGCCCCAGUACACCCCCCUGCACUGGAACAGCACCCAUACGAGCGCUGUGAACCAAGCACCAUGCCUGGGGACCUAGGCUUGGGUCUGCGCAUGGUGCGGGGAGUGGUACAUGUUUAUACCCGCCGAGAACCUGAUGAGCAUUGUGCAGAGGUGGAGCUGCCAUACCCUGACCUACAGGAAUUUGUGGCUGAUGUCAAUGUGCUGAUGGCCCUGAUCAUCAAUGGUCCCAUAAAGUCAUUCUGUUACCGCCGGCUGCAGUACCUGAGCUCUAAGUUCCAGAUGCAUGUGCUGCUCAACGAGAUGAAAGAGCUGGCUGCUCAGAAGAAAGUGCCACACCGAGACUUCUACAAUAUCCGGAAGGUGGAUACGCACAUCCACGCCUCAUCCUGCAUGAACCAGAAGCAUCUGCUGCGCUUCAUCAAGCGGGCCAUGAAGCGGCACCUUGAGGAGAUUGUGCAUGUGGAGCAGGGCCGUGAGCAGACGCUGCGCGAGGUCUUCGAAAGCAUGAAUCUCACAGCCUACGACUUGAGCGUGGACACACUUGAUGUGCACGCGGACAGAAACACCUUCCACCGCUUUGACAAGUUCAAUGCCAAAUACAACCCCAUUGGGGAGUCUGUCCUGCGAGAGAUCUUCAUCAAGACUGACAACAGGGUUUCUGGAAAGUACUUUGCUCACAUCAUCAAGGAGGUAAUGUCAGAUCUGGAGGAGAGCAAAUACCAGAAUGCAGAGCUGCGGCUCUCCAUCUAUGGACGCUCAAGGGACGAGUGGGACAAGUUGGCACGCUGGGCUGUGACGCACCGAGUACACUCUCCCAAUGUGCGCUGGCUCGUACAGGUGCCCCGCCUCUUUGAUGUGUACCGUACCAAGGGCCAGCUGGCUAACUUCCAGGAGAUGCUGGAGAACAUCUUCCUGCCUCUGUUUGAGGCCACCAUACACCCCGCCAGCCACCCAGAGCUGCACCUUUUUCUGGAGCAUGUGGACGGUUUUGACAGUGUGGAUGAUGAGUCCAAGCCCGAGAAUCAUGUCUUCAACCUGGACAGCCCUCUCCCUGAAGCCUGGGUGGAGGAGGACAACCCCCCCUACGCCUACUACCUGUACUACACCUUCGCCAACAUGGCUACCUUGAACCACCUGCGCAGGCAGAGAGGUUUCCACACGUUUGUGCUGAGGCCGCACUGCGGGGAGGCUGGGCCCAUCCACCACCUGGUGUCAGCCUUCAUGCUGGCUGAGAACAUCUCCCAUGGAUUGCUUCUGCGCAAGGCCCCUGUCCUGCAGUACCUGUAUUACCUGGCCCAGAUCGGCAUCGCCAUGUCCCCACUCAGCAACAAUAGCCUCUUCCUCAGUUACCACCGGAACCCACUGCCUGAGUACCUGUCUCGUGGCCUCAUGGUCUCAUUGUCCACAGAUGAUCCCCUACAGUUCCACUUUACCAAGGAGCCACUUAUGGAGGAGUAUAGCAUCGCCACUCAGGUGUGGAAGCUCAGUUCCUGCGACAUGUGUGAACUGGCCCGAAACAGCGUGCUCAUGAGCGGCUUCUCCCACAAGGUAAAGAGUCAUUGGCUGGGACCUAACUACACCAAGGAGGGUCCCGAGGGCAAUGACAUCCGCCGCACCAAUGUGCCGGACAUCCGUGUGGGCUACCGCCACGAGACUCUCUGUCAGGAGCUGGCGCUCAUCACGCAGGCCGUCCAGAGUGAGAUGCUGGAGACUAUUCCAGAGGAAGCGGGCAUUGUUACCAGCCCAGGGCCUCAGUGAGCCUGGCCCAUCUUACACCUUGAUCAUGCCUUGUUCUCAGACCCCUCGCGCCCUGAUGUGGUCUCUGCAUGUCUCCGUUGCUUUUUUCUUUGUUUCUGUCCUGCAUGUCUCUUGACCAUGUCCUGUCCCUGGGCCACCUCAGUGAAAAUGACAUCCAGGAAUCUUCUUUGCCACUGUCUUGGCCCAGAUGGUGCCUGAUAGCCAAGAUUUAAGGGCUGGCCCGGCUGGUGGCUCUGUGCCAGCAUUCUCAGAAUUCUGUCUGGCUGUCCUAUGGUGUCUUCACUGUCUAUAGGGGAGCAGGGAGUGGAAUGGCUGGGUGGGACUGGCCCUUCUAGCCUCUCAGGUCCUACCUGGGCAAAUUCCAGUUUUAUCUGGAGCUGAAGUUCAGUUCCCCCUACCUUGUAGAUGCGACUGAGGGGAAGGUAGGGGGCCUGUGCAUCUCUGCUGUGCUCAGGCUGCGGAGACCCUGGGGGGCUCCAGCAGCUUAGCACUGUGUGGAUUUGGGCUUGAACUUGCUCAAGGCUCCAGAUGCCGCCAAAGGGAUGGACUUAGACCGUAGAAAUGCUGGACCACUGCCUGUGCCAGUCUCUGCCCAGCAGCCUUCUCCAUUCUUCCCUGGCCCACAUGCUCCUCCUCUGGUGUCCGCUUCUGUGCCUCUGUAGGAGGGGCGGCAUCCCUGUGCUGUCUGGGCCACUGCAGCUGGAGGGUGCUGGAUCUUCUAGUAACCCUGGGGGUAGUUUCCCCUUUGUGGUCCCCAGAUCUCUGACCAGACCCCAAUCCCAGUUGGCCCCUGUGUUGUGUUCUCCACUGAGGCCUUUGCUGUGAAAAGCAGUGUUUGAUAUGACCCAUCUUUCCUAGUGCAUGAGAAAUAAAGACUAUUUAAGUAAUG